CACUAUCCGUCAUUAUCUCCACCAACCAGAAACAUUUUCACGAUAUCUAAGUUUCCCUUAAGAACAGUGUAUGUCUUGUAAAAUGCAUUGUUCCGUUGAUAUAAAUGCCCCCCUCGUCCAUCCUCUUCACUCUCUUAAAAACUCUUCAGGUUUUUCCAACUGAACGAUUCUGAGGCGGGCGCAACCGCACUAGAGGGAAAGUCGUGCUGGAUUGGCGCGAUAUCCUCGCACGGUUCACAACUAAAAGAAGACCUGACCCGCGUUUAAUCAUGAUUUUAAAUGAUGGAAUAUGCUGAUUUUAAAAGUUGACCAGGGAUUUCUAGUUGUGGGGUGUUUGCGAGGCAUGGCUCUCCUUUUAACUUGCUUAUUUCUGUCUUGUUACAGUGUGAGCAGUGUUUGGGGAAAUCAGCCCGGUGAUACCAGUAUAUAUUUGGAUAACAUCACGCGCAUAUUGGAUAGAUUACUGGAUGGCUAUGACAACAGGCUGCGACCCGGAUUUGGAGGUCCAGUUACAGAGGUCAAAACUGACAUUUUUGUCACCAGCUUUGGACCGGUUUCAGAUGUUGAGAUGGAAUACACCAUGGACGUGUUCUUCCGUCAGACAUGGAUCGACGAACGGCUGAAAUUCGAGGGCCCCAUUGAGAUCCUGCGGCUCAACAACCUGAUGGUCAGCAAGAUCUGGACGCCGGACACUUUUUUCCGGAAUGGCAAGAGGUCGAUCUCUCACAACAUGACCACCCCCAACAAGCUGUUCCGCAUCAUGCAGAACGGAACUAUCCUCUACACCAUGAGAUUAACUAUAAAUGCAGAGUGUCCAAUGCGUCUGAUGAACUUCCCCAUGGACGGCCAUGCCUGCCCGCUCAAGUUUGGGAGUUAUGCUUACCCCAUCACUGAGAUUGUGUACACUUGGAAGAAAGGCCCUCUGUCCUCUGUGGAAGUGCCACAGGAGUCAUCCAGUCUGCUUCAGUACGACCUCAUCGGUCAGACAGUGUCAAGCGAGAGGCUAAAGUCCAACACAGGUGAAUAUGUCAUCAUGACAGUCCAUUUCCACCUGCAAAGGAAAAUGGGCUUCUUCCUGAUUCAGACUUACAUUCCAUGUAUUAUGACCGUCAUCCUGGCUCAAGUGUCUUUCUGGAUUAAUAAGGAAUCAGUUCCAGCUCGGACUGUUUUCGGUAUCACCACUGUCCUGACCAUGACAACACUCAGUAUCAGCGCUCGACACUCCCUCCCCAAAGUCUCUUAUGCCACAGCCAUGGAUUGGUUCAUUGCCGUCUGCUUUGCCUUUGUCUUCUCCGCCCUGAUUGAGUUUGCAGCCGUGAAUUACUUCUCCACCCUGCAAGCUAACCGAGAGUUGAGGAAGGCAGCAGCCAUGAAGGUGGCGGCUCAGGAGGCAGCAGCUGCAGCAGCUACACAGACCGCAGCUACGGGGAAUGACGGAGAACUUUCCUCAGUGGAUGCCAGCAAUGUGCUGAAGAAGAGGAUGAACUCUGCCCUUCUGUUUGAACGGCCUUCCAAAACAUUUCCCAACCCACCCGUCAAUGCCCAAGCCUUCCUGCAGCAGGGUUCAGCUGUACCAGACAACAACGUUCUGACCGGCACCAGCAUCAUCGACAAAUACUCCCGCAUCCUCUUCCCUCUUUCCUUUGGCGCCUUUAAUCUGGUGUACUGGAUCGUCUAUCUCACUAAGGACACAAUGGAGAUGUCAAGGGACACCGUUUAAGCCACAAGUUCGUCUUUAUGGAAAUCACAUGUGCGCACACUUUCAUACACCUGAACGGAAAAACACACAUAUGUACACACAAUAAAAAAAUAACAGACCAUUGCCAAGCAAUCAUUUAUGCCACCUCAGUGCAUUGUAUCUCUUCUUAAGUACUCUUGUGGAAAGUGAGUGUCUUGAGAGCAGAUUUACCAGCCCCUAUUGCCAACAUGACCCAGGAGCUCAGAGCAUGGGCCCAAGGCUCUGGAUUUCAAACAGGUACUGCAUCUCUCUGACCUUACCUUUUAAUGAUUUAUUCACCCCGAUAUUUAGAAAAACGUAUGACACUUUUUCAGUGUCCAUCCUGUAUCCCCUGUCUGAGUGGAUGGGACAAGUUGCAAUGGCCAAGUUAACUAGGCUGUAGAACCAGAGGUAGAUCCGUUACUUUGUUGUAUGUUUUUAUUUAUGUAUACUUGCAACAAGCAUGCAGUUCCACACAUGAUAGUGAUGUUGCAUGUGUGUUUAAAAUGACACAUUCCUAUCCAUGAUAUUUAGAGCACACUAGAGGGAAUGAGUGAACACGUUGUCCUGACCGGAUCCAGUGUGACUGACUGAACUCACUGCUCUUCUUUCAAUUCCCCACAACAAGCGCUAUUUUUUGGUUCAUUGGCUUAAUUUCCCUUCACUGAUGGGAGUACAAAGGAUGUGAGGCAAAAUCUUCAAAGGGGAUUUAUGAUGUGUUUCACGAAUACAUUGGCCUGGUUGAAUAUACAAUGCCACUUGCAAAUAAUGACAGUGAAACGUGACGUAUAAUGAAAAAAAUAUAAACAACUGAACAUGCACAUGUACCACUCGCUUAACUCCCUUUGCAUGAGUUCCACAAUGAUAUACAUCUCUUGAAUUACCUUUAGACAGAAAUUUACAAAAGAUCUGCACACUGUAUUAAAAAGCUCCCACAUCUUAAUUGUGCAACGUUUCAAUAUAACACAGAUCUUUCUCAGGCAUUGUCAGAUUACAUUUCUGGGAGCCUUUUAAUACAGUGUGCAGAUCGUUGUCUUAUUCUUGCCUAGUUGGAUUUUUUGGUCCAGCACCUGUAAAAGUUUUCAGGAAGUGCUGACACUACAACCUGUUUAUCUAUAGACAGAAAUAAACUUUGAAACCUCACUGCAUGAUUAAAUGACUCUCAUAGAAUAGCUUGUUUCAGCUCAAAACUGUAAUCAAUCUGGUAUCGCAAAUGUCUUCUUUUACAGAAACACACAGUAACUGACUUUAGGAACACUAGAAAGGAUGUGAAAAAUGGUUCUUAAAACACAUUUUCAAAAUGUAAGUUUGCCAAAUGUAUGUAGUGCAACAGAGAAUGUAAACAACGGAUGGAAAUAGUGAAGAAAAUAUAACACACAGUGAACCCACUACUGCAGAAAUAGCAUUUCAUCCAGAAACCUGUAAUCUGUAUCCUGGCAACAGCCAAUCUUACCCAAGAGAAGAUUCAAGCCUUCAUACGCUAACAUUGUAAUCCUUUUCAUAUUUAUUGUUGACAUUUAUUGUAGUGUUGUUAAUUGAAGUAAAAAGGUUUCUUCUAGUUGCCAAUUAUUUCUUGAUGACAGCUCUGGGAUCGUUUCCAUUUAAAGAACCGGCAAAAAUAGAAACCUAAACCUGUCAUCAUCAAUUAUACAACAUGCCAAAACAUAUUCCUAAUAAUCUGUGUGGAUUUGCAUUUCAUUACGCAAAGUUUCCAAUUAAGGAGAAAUGGUGACAUGUUAAACCCAUGUGGUGUCUACAUAUAAGCCCAUGUGUGUUUGCUUCCUCAUAACAUCCAUCAUCCAAGAGGAUGUUCUUAUUAAAAAGGUGUCUCUUAUUUACAAUGGAACCGAUUGGAAUAGAAAACCUGCACAUGGUGCCAAAAGGAAAAAGACCAAAGUAGUCUUGAAAAACGGUACAGCUACUUUAGUUUGUUCAGUGGAUGUGUAUUUUGAAAAUUGUAAAUUCACACAUGAACUUUAUAAUAAAAGACAGAACAAUUUGUGUAUAUUAACCCUGUCUUCUAAUACAGUCGUGUGCAUAAUGCCCUAUAUAUACAAGUAAUUGAACAAGAAGCAACAUGAGUUCCAUGUUCUUUAAUAUUGUGUUGGGUUUGUUUUCAUUCCACUUUGUUGAAUUUGUUGUAAUUAUGUAUAUCUGUUAUGAGCCCUUCCAUUUGUGAACAGACCAGCAUGGUAUAACUCAUUUUAACAAUACUGAUCAAAUAAAUGAACAUGCAUGAUUAAAGCAUCAUUAACAUAAACAUGUUUUUAUAGAAUUCAAAUAUGCAAUGUUAUAUAAAAUGUAAUAUAGAUGGCUUGGGCCCCAACAGGGGAUCCAUUGCUUAAUACCAUAUCGUUGAAUAUUUCAUGAAUAUUUCAGCAACUCUAUUGCCAGAAUAGACAUUUCUGCCAAAUCCCGGAAUUACAAUCCUAUUCCAUGGAUAUUUAAAGUGUUACUUCCUACGAUAUCUGUGCAUUGCAACUAUAGUAUAGCUGAAGUCGGUUAAGGGUCAGGCUACUAACACAUAAAAAGGCAAACCCGGCAUGAAAAACUGAUGUUAUAAGACUGCCUCAUGGGUGUACUUUAAAUCUUUGCUCAGUUGGUAUUGAAAAGACGUCUACCCAUGGCCUGGUGUCAAUCAUGGAGUGCCAAUGAUUGAUUCAUUUUAAGGUCUGCGGUUGCAUGUUCUCCUUCUCUUCCACAUGCACACCAAAGGAUAAGAAUGACAAUGAUGUCAGGCUGUAUGAACUGUUUUUGUAUCCUCCCUCUUUCUUUACUUCAUUCAUCACCGUCCUCCCCUCUAUCUUUGAGGCAGAGGCUGAUGAGACAGGGCAUUUCAGCCCCCAUUGCCCUGUAUGUCAGGCUACUGACUGCCUGUGAACUCGGACUGCUACACAACUGCUGGCUUAACCCCACUGGAGCCUCAGAACAUCGAUGACCCCCCACCAGUGAGGACUCAGUGUGUUGCUCACAAUAUAAACUUUAGUGGAAAAGUCAAACAGAAAUAAGCUGCAGUGAGAGGCUGUGUGUGGAUGUGUGUGCAAAAGAGUGUGUGAGUGUUUUUUUUUUUAUAUGAUUGAGCUUGUUUGCUUUUAUCAGGGACCUGAAUAUUCUGAUUUCUGACCCCAGCCCAGCUACUCAGCUCCAUCUAACCAGCACAAUUGCAUGACCACCAACUCUUUACAUGUGUUAGAGUUGUUGAAUGUAGAAGGUUAUGUAGAAGCUACAUAGAAUAUAGAAUUAUAUUGCCAUGGUGAUGGGGGCCCUGAACUGCCCGUUAUACAUUAUGUUUCAUUCCACAGGCAUGGGCUUCAUUUGGUUCUUUCAUUUAGACAGCAUUUAUCUAUUUGUUUUUUUAUCUGUACACUUGCCUAGAAAUUGUUGACACAAUUUAGAAGACAAUGAAUGCUUUACAUUGUUAUUUUAUGUGUAUAUUUUGUGAAUAUAUAUUAUUAUUUCUGUAGGUCUAUAUUUGUAUGCAAACUGUAUGACCCUGCUUGAUGACCACACGCACUGCAUCAACUAUUUGUACUGGUUUGAAUGACAGACCACAAACUUUUGUAUUUAAAGCUGUUUAGUUCAUCCCCUUUUGUUCCCUGUACACAUUGCUCCCCAUUAGUGUUCAUUGUCAUCAGGAAGGCCUGUUUUUAUUGCAUUUUAACAUAAUAUUUGCAUAUUCAGGUCUCUAGACCCCUGUUAAUAAAUAAACUCCUACAUACUUUCCCAGAAGAUUGUAUAUUACUAUGUUCAAUAAAGCCAGAUUGUGUACAUAUA